CGACGUCAUGAAAAAUUCACUGAAGGCGAUUGGAAAUCCGACGUCUAUGGGUGGCCGUGUCUAAGUCGCAGGGCCGUCAUGCCCAUUUUAUCACGAUCAAUUGCAUUGUUAUUGAGAUGAUAACGGUUUUUGAAAGACAAUUGUAAUUCAACAAUCGUUGAGGACUCAUCAUUUUACAAUGUAUCGCCCAAGACUAUUGGGCCAGAGCCUUCGGGGCUUCACCCACGCCCGAACAUGUCGCCGAACAUAUAUCACAGAUGCUGAUGUUGAAUCUGCAAGAAGAUACUGCUUGACACAGUUACAAAACAGCGACUAUGAUGCUCAUCUCAUUCGCCGCUUCGUCCCCUCUCCAGUACAAGACACCUACGCUGCUCUCCGUACCCUCAACCUUGAGCUUGUUCGUCUCCCUGAGCUCGUCUCUAACCCUACGAUUGGAUCCUUUCGAAUGAAAUUCUGGCAAGAAUCCAUUGACAACACUUUCGCGGGUCGUCCCCCUCGCGAACCCAUUUGCAUCCUCCUUCACAAGGGUCUACAAGAUCUGGAAGCCCGUGAUGGCAAUUCUACCAAGAAAUCUAUAAAAUUUUGGAUCUCGAGAUUAAUAAAAACGAGAGAAAAGCAUAUGACAAACAGGCCUUUUGCGAAUUUGGCGAGCUUGGAGGAGUAUGCUGAGAAUACAUAUUCGACUCUCAUGUACGCGACAUUAGCAUCACUUCCGCUGAGAUCAAUGCAUGUCGAUCAUCUCGCAAGUCAUAUCGGAAAGGCUUGUGGUAUCGCUGCGGUCCUACGUGGCAUCCCUGUUCUGGCGGCACCUCCUCCUCCAGUAAAUACACCUUCUGGUCAGGUUCCAGCAGUGCGAGAGCCUGCACUUCUUCUGCCAUUGGAUGCUAUGGCUGAAGCAGGAGUUAAGGAGGAGGAGGUCUUCAGGCAGGGACCCAAUGCUCCCGGACUUCAAGAUGCUGUAUUCCAGGUCGCGACACGAGCCAAUGACCACCUCAUCACGGCCCGAGAGAUGCUCAAGCGGCUCAAGGCAGGAGAGGAUCCAGGUCAUGAGUUUGAGCAUCAAGGAGAAGCUGAGCAUUUGUAUACCGAGGGAAGCGACACAUUGAGAGAGAUCCGUCAGGGAUUUGGAGUGCUUCUUGAAGCUAUCCCUUCGGCACAGUACUUGCAACGUCUAGAGCAAGCAGAUUUCAACCCAUUCGCUGUCAAGACAGCUGGCUGGAAACUGCCAUGGAGUAUCUGGCAGGCCUUGUCUAAGGAGCGAAUCUAAUAUGUAAAACCACCAAUCUCGAGAUAUGUCUCGACUGUACUUUAUCAAAAAGCAUGUAAUAUAGAAGGCAUCGUGUUUAGAUUAUCAUGAAUGACGAUGAAAUCGACUAUAAUCCAGC